GUCGCUCCGGGUCAGAGCCGCGGACAUGCCGCUUCUACGCCGAGCUGCAUGCAAUUCUAGGGGGGGCUGCCACCACUACCCCACCUGUGUUCGUGGAUUCUGGGUCGGGGAUAGUCUCAUCAGCGACGCCUGAGGAUUCUGCCGAUGGGGUAGAGGAGGAGGAGGAUGAGCUUGCAGAGAGCACACAGCACUCCAUUCUCCCCAACAGCCAGGAUCUUUUUAUCACCCUGACUGAAGUACCCUCCCAAGCCUCCCAAGCCAGUACCCAAGACUCUGACCCCAUGGAAGGGACCUCAGCAGCUGCAAAUUCCUCAAGCCUCCCUCCUCCAUCCCGAAGGUUAUCACAGAUAAGGCGUCGUAAGAAGAGAACGCGAGAGGAGAUGUUUUCGGAAAUUAUGGAAUCCAGCCGCAGUGACAGAGCUCAUGUGAAUGAGUGGAAGGAAACAGUUUCAAAGUAUAGGAAAGAAGUCAGUGAACGUGAGGACAGGAGGGACCAACGUGAGGAGAGGAGGGACCAACGUGAGGAGAGGAGAGACGCUCGAGAUGAGAGGUGGCGGCAGGAAGACCAGAGGAUGAAGGAUGCAACGCUGGGGCUGCUCCGGCGUCUGGUGGAGGUUCAGGAACGGCUGCUGGAAAACAGACUGCCACUUCAGCCCCUGUUCCACCCUCCCCCCUCCCCAUGUUCCGUAUCCUCCUCACCCAGACGUGUAAGAACUCGGGGGGGGAGGCUCCGUACACCUUCCCAUUCCACCCCAGUAGACAGCCCAAGCAAAAGGCUGUCAUUUUUUUAACCUUUUCUUUGUGGCUUUUUCCUUCCCAGCAAUCCUCCUCCCAAAUACCACCCGGGUUCCCUCCCUCUUUUUCUAAUCUAUUAAUAAAGAAUAAAUGAUU